AUGAAGGUUCUUGAAUCCCAGACCGCCGUGCUCUCCAAUUUCGAGGUCCACGAGCACUUGGCGGAGCUCCAAAGCCGCAAAGAGAAAAAGAAGCGUCAUGCACCACCAUCCAACCAAGGAAUGGUCAUUGAUCGUACCCUGGAUUGGUUGCGCUUGCCGCCCAGUCCGCUAAGCCAAACGCCCACCACAUACCAUGCUGAUUCCAUCCCUACCCUCCUGGAGCGCCUUCGCCCUUAUGACCUGACCAAGGGUGAACUUAUCAUGAUCCUCAAUCUGCGGCCCUGUUCAGUUCCAGCUCUGAACACCACGAUUGAAGACAUGGAAGUCCGCCUCACCGAGGAUCAGCAAAUGGAGAUUCUGACUAUCAUCACCGAGGUCCUUGGCCAGUUUGACCCUCCCGAGGAGACAGAGGACGCGGAAGCAGCUGCCGAUACAUCCAUGGCGGAUGCUCAGGGAUCGUGA